GUGCCCUUCCAGGCCUGCCCCAGCUGGGCAGGAAGCAGAGGACACAGCUUGGCUGGGGGGCAGUGGGCAGGAGGCCCUGGGGUGGUCCAACCAGCCCUGGAUGCUGCCUCCCGGCUCUGUGUAGGGUACUUCCCGGCCCGCACCCCUCUCUUAGGCCAAUCACAGAAAGAACAGGGCAGAAGCCAAGAGAGAAAAAGGAAGGGGCUGGGCAUAUCUGGUCAGAGGAGGGGAGGGACCCUACCAGCCUGGGGCCUGUAAGUAAUACAGAUAACAACAUCUCUACACUGGGGCCAGCAGCCCCGAUCCCUGAAGGGCUGGGUAGACUCAACACCCCAAGAGACGAACACAUGAGCUCCGGCUCCUGUAGAAAGACAACGGGGACGGGGAGAGGCUGGGACACGCUGGGACACGCCGGGCCCAGCUUCACCAAGCCCAGUCCUGCCAAUGACAAUGGAAUAGCAUCGAAUGGUCUGGAGCCAGCCCAGCCGGAUACGAAAGGCAAGAGGAUUCACCACAGCCUCGCGGAGAACGCUGGGAUCUCCGAGCGGCCCUGUCCCCAUGGACUCUGCCCCACUGAGGCCAGCCAGGUAGGUGUCAAGGCCCAGAGAGAAGCGAAGUACCUCGUCCGAGCCUCCACUCACACCGGAGUCUCAAGGCCGUUGCAGACUGCCUCCUGGCCCUCGGUUACGGACCCCGGGUUGGUCGGCGGGUCAGGCUGCCUGGCAGCGGUGUCCUGGAGGGGACUCCUCUGCUCUGUGGGCAGCUGGACCAGGCGGCCAGAUCAGGUGGGAGUCUGUGUGCCAGUUUCCAGGGCAGUCUUCUCCAGGAGGGGGCCAGGAACUCACACCAGGAAUAUUGUCUUCAAGGUUACUGUCUUCAAGAGGCUGCCACAGAGCUGGCGAGCGGGGGAUGGCCAAAAGAGAGGAAGAGGAGAUUUGACAUGGACGGAAGAGGAAAAGCAAAGUGAUCAUUGGAAGCAGAAAUUGGAGUGAAACUAAGGAAUGCCAGCAGUUUCCCAGAGCUGGAAGAUGCAAGGAACAGAAGUCUCCCCUAUACCCUUGAGAGGGGACACGGACCUACCAACAUCUUCGUUUGGGCACAGUGAUAGUCAUUUUGGACUUUGGGCAUCCAGAAUGGUGUGAAAUAAAUUUCUGUUGCGAAAAGCCA